AUGCGACCCCGACACCGCGACGAGUUCGAUAUCGCCAUUAUUUGCAGCUUAUCCUGUGAAGCCGAGGCGAUCGAGGCAUCGCUGGACGAGGUCUACGACCGAUUCGGCGAGAUCUACGAUAAGGUACCCGAGGAUCGUAAUGUCUAUAUCAACGGACGAAUUGGCAAGCACAAUGUGGUCUUAUGUCAAGUGCCAGAGCCGGGAAAAUGCAGCUCAGCGAGCGUAGCUUCGAGUUUGAUAUUCAGUUAUACAGGUAUCCAGCUCGCCCUUGUCGUUGGGAUAUGCGGCGGUGUUCCCUCGCCGUCCUGCAGUGAGAAAGAGAUUUUCUUAGGAGACAUCGUCAUUGCGGAUAGUGUGAUUGAAUUCGACGUUGGAGAGCAGUGUCCUUGGGGAUUCCAGCGGGAAACGAGCGUUAAGGCUGUCCUUGAAAGGCCGAACAGAGCCAUAAGAAAUCUCCUGGAUGCUCUAUCAAUUGACGGAAACCGCGCAUUAAUGGAGACGGAGAGUGCUGGCUUCUUGAAAGAGCUACAGUCCAGAGGAGGUCCAAAGUGGCAGUAUCCCGGAGCAUCAAAGGAUAUCCUUUUUGCGUCUGCAUAUCAACACCAGCAUCGCCGACGGUCUGUUUGCAUUAACGGCGGAUAUGAGGAUACGCUCUGUAAGGACGCACUGGAGGAAGAAUGCUACAUCCCUGGAUGCGCUAAGCAACAAGUCCAUCGCGGCAGGUCCAGCGAAGAGUCAGUCAAGCCUGCACUCCAUAUCGGGAUGAUCGCAUCAGGAGACACGGUAAUGGAGUCCGGAGAACACCGUGACAGGAUUGCGGAGACGGAGGGGGUAAUCGCCUUUGAGACCAUCGGGGCAGGAGUGUGGGAUACUCUUCCCUGUGUGAUAAUCAACGGCGUAUCCGACUAUGCCGAUGGCCGUAAGAAUGAAGUAUGGCAAAACUAUGCAGCGGCAGUAGCUGCUUCAGGUGCUAAAGCGUUUCUGCAAUACUGGGCACCCAGUGCGAAAGCUAAAUCUCAGAGCGUCCAUUCAAGAGUACCAGUGCUUCAGACAGCCUUUAUAGGCCGAGAGAUUGAAGUGAAUGAGAUGAAAGAGGAGCUGGGAGAUCCUAGACUGGGAAGAAAAGGGAUAGUGCUCUGGGGGCUUUGUGGAUACGGAAAAACGCAGUUGGCCAUCCAUUAUAUCUCUGUGAGAAGAACGCUUUAUGAUUCCAUUUUGUGGAUUGAUUGUUCGUCUUGGGGCACUCUCCAUGAUUCCUUCUCUCAAAUAUGGAGAAAAAUACAAGGAUGUGCACACGACGAGCAAUCACCAAUUGAGAGGGUGUUGGAGUGGCUGGAGCAAGAAACAAAUCCGAUUUGGAUCAUGGUAUUUGACGGAGUUGAGACCACGGCUACUUCAACAUCUAUGGAUAUCGACAUUAGGAAGUACAUCCCUUCGUGCAAUCAUGGGCAUGUCCUGUUGACAGCCCUAUCACCGUGCUUGCACGCUCGGCUGGGCUAUCCAGGCAUACAGGUACGAGGUGUGGAUGAGGACGCAGGUGCUCAGAUACUACUGCGCUGUGCAGGCGUUGAAGAACCAGACUCUCCAGCCGUGGAAACGGCCAGGGCAAUUUCCCGCAAAGUUGGCGGACUGCCCCUUGCUUUGGAACAAGCAGGAUCCUUCCUACGAUGUGGAUUAUAUUCCUUGCAAGAGUACAAUAGGCGGUUUCAGGAACAGUUUGCAAAGUCGACUUUCAAGACCCCGCUGCAUCAUUGUAUCGGAGCAUACGAAAAGGGACACACUUUGUGGACGGUGUUCAAAAAGCUGUACGAUGCUGCAGGCCAGCGAAAUCCCGAUUCGAUCAAACUUCUCCAUCUGGCUGUGUUUCUUGGCCCCGGACUAAUACCGUCCUCUCUGAUCAUGUACCCACCAGGUGAUCCUAACAAGUACUCAGUGUUAUUCAACUCACUGUCUGCAUUGGAAUCAGCUGAUACAUCGUGGUUGAAGAUCAUAAACUGGUGGAACAGCCUACGCUCACGAGAGACUGAUUUCGCAAAUGCGCUUCAAACUCUGGAGGAUUCCGGUCUUGUAAACUUCAACCGCAAGCGAUCAGAUUCCAUGAUUGAGAGCUUUGAAAUCGAUGGUAUGGUACAGUCCUUCGUUCGCCUGAAACUGUCUUGCCAUGGUCUGCGAGACAAUGCAGCCGUUGCUUUUCUUUUCAAUGGACAGUAUUGUGCGGGUAUAGACGCCCAAUCGCAGCUGGAAAUACCUCAGGAGCAUCUGCGGCGCUUGUGCACCGUUCUUGACGAUUUUAUGUCAUUGAUACCGCUAGAGAUGAUUCAGCCUCCUGACGGCAAGUAUUUCAGGCUCUGUGGCUCUGUUGCACCAGCAUAUGCACGAGUGUGUCGCCUGAAAGGGGACUAUGAGACAUCCAAGACUUUUUGGGUCCUAGCGCUGCAGUUUAUAAUCCUAUCUCAGAGAGCAGAAUUGCCCACAAGUGGAGCGAAGCUGGAAGGAAUUGACGCAGCUGCAGACGCUCUCUUGGCUGUAGACGAAAGUUCCAUUGAGGUAGCCUGGAAGCGAGCCUGUGAGAGUAUCGCAUUGUCUCCGGCAGCUCGUGCAAGAAAGGGGGACUUCGGAAGCGGAGCAUUACGACAUGACCCUGUGGCCGAGCCUAUGCCCUCGACGGGACUUGGUCGAGAAACCUCUGAAGGGUUUACAAGCUGA